UGCACCAUUCUGGCUCUGGCCUAAUUACAUCGUGGUUUAUAUCCCGAUGAUGACAACAGGGGGUUCUACCAAUUCUUAAAAUGGCAGAGGUGGAUAUCAAACCAGGAACAUCGACGAUGGAGACUUUGAUUCGUAUCACUUCAAGCAUGAAGAGCAUGGAGCGUGAGCUGCAUUGCCCGGUGUGUAAGGAGAUCGUGAAACAGCCCAUAGUGCUGCCAUGCCAGCACAGCGUCUGCCUGAUGUGUGCCUCUGAGGUCCUGGUGGCAAACGGCUAUCCACCACCAGAGCUUCCCCCAGAGCCCUACUCGCCCGCCUCCACCCCCAACACCCGCUCACCCCGUCAGGCACGCAGGCCCAUGCCGAAGGCUGAGCAGCGACCUAUUGAUCGUGUUCUGCGGGCAGGUUUGCAUCCCCACUUCCCGCAUAUCCCCUGGUCUCCAGGAUACGGGACGUAUCCUGGGCGACGACGUAAGGAAGCCCCACCCCUGGUGAUGAUGUUUCCUUGCAUCCCCUGUGGCCGAGACGUGGAGCUGGGGGAGAAGGGUCUUGCUGACUGUUUACGCAACCUCAGCCUGGAACGUAUAGUGGAGAGGUACCGGCACACGGUGAGCCUGGGUAGUGUGGCUGUGAUGUGCCAGUUUUGUAAGCCUCCUCAAGCUUUGGAGGCCACUAAGGGCUGCACCGACUGCAGGGCCAGUUUCUGUAACGAGUGUUUCAAGCUUUACCACCCCUGGGGAACGCCGCGGGCUCAGCACGAACACAUCCAGCCCACACUCAACUUCAGACCGAAGGUCCUGACCUGUCCGGAGCAUGACCAGGAGAAACUACAGUUCUACUGUAGAUCCUGCCAGCGGCUGCUGUGCCCUCUGUGCAAGCUGCGUCGCAUCCAUGCCGGGCACAAGAUCCUACCUGUCACCCAGGCAUACCAAGCACUUAAGGAGAAGAUUGCCAAGGAGAUGAACUACAUUCUCUCCAACCAGGAGACAGUUCUGGCUCAGAUCACCCAGCUGGAGAGUGCCAUCACUCAGACUGAGGUGAACAGUGUGGCAGCCAGAGAGCAGCUGGCUCAGAGUGUCAGGGAUCUGACUGCGGCUCUGGCAGAGCGCCACGCUUCACUCACCCAGGCCCUGGAGGCGGCACGGCAGAAGAGGAGCGAGGCAUUGGCUGCUCAAGUGGCGGAGAGACGGAGCUUGAUGGAGCAUGCAGGCCUCAUGGCGUUCACCCAGGAGCUGCUGAAGGAACAAGACGCACCCUGCUUCGUGCAGGCUGCCCGGCAGACUCACAACAGGUUAAAUAAAUCUAUCGAGAACCUCCAGUGUUUUGCUCUGGCUGCUGAUCCGUCUUUCAGACACUUCCAGUUGGACGUGUCCAAAGAACUCAAAUUACUCACGGAGCUGCACUUCAUCCACGCCCCUCUGGCGCCAGUGAUUGAUACCCAGCGUACACUGGCAUACGACCAGCUCUUCCUGUGCUGGCGGCUGCCUCAGGACUCUGUGCCUGCCUGGCACUUCUCUGUCGAGUAUCGCCGACGGGGAGUGGUGCCGGGGGGAGGAUCCAGAGGUGGGAUCAGAGGAGGAUUGGCUGCAGCACGCUGGGGCUGGCAGCGACUGGAUGAAGUGAAUGGGACGAGCGCUGUGAUUGACAGGCUGGAGAUGGACAGUGUGUACGUGCUGAGGGUGAGGGGUUGCAACAAGGCGGGCUAUGGUGAAUACAGCGAGGAGGUGUAUCUACACACCCCACCUGCACCAGUGCUGAACUUUUACCUUGACUCUCGCUGGGGUCUCCAUGCCGACCGGCUGGUGGUCAGUAAGGAGCAGCGCUGUGCCCGCAGUGUCCCAGGCCUGUCUCUGCUGCAGGCUGCUGACCACGCCCUCACUUCCUGUCACCUGACCUCGGACCUUCUGGUGGGGGAUGUGGCCAUCACACAGGGGCGGCAUUACUGGGCAUGCUCAGUGGAGCCUGGGUCUUACCUGGUGAAGGUGGGAGUUGGUCUAGAAUCUAAACUGCAGGAGUGGUUUCACCUUCCACAGGACAUGGCCAGCCCCCGCUACGACCCCGACAGCGGCCAUGACAGCGGGGCAGAGGACGCACUGGACUCCAUCCCGCCCUUCUGCUUCCUCACCAUGGGGAUGGGCAAAAUCUACCUGCCCCAGUACAGUAGUCACCAACACAGUAGCCAUGGCAACGGAAUUCGAGACCCUAUCACCAACGGCAACAGUCCCUCCUCACCCGCGGGCCUCACCUACCCCCUGCCGCCCCGGCUCGGCGUGUGCCUUGACUUUGAGAAGGGCCGCGUCACCUUCUACGACGCCCACUCCCUGCGGCCUCUGUGGGAGGGGCACGUGGAUUGCUCGGGCCCCGUGUGCCCCGCUUUCUGUUUCAUUGGCGGAGGGGCGCUGCAGCUACAGGAGCUGGUGGCCAAUCGCAACGCGGAUCAGACCCCGGUGAGAAGGGUGACCAUCCAACCCCGUGUCACUAACCUGAAUAAUAACUGACAGCUGAUCUGAGGUCAUAUAGUAACAUGGAAUGUAAAGGCAGUUGUGAACUAUUUACUCAGCUAGAGCGAAAACUUUAGACAUCUCAGCGAUUUUGUUUUGUAUUUCAUUUGUAUAAGGAAAUGUUUCUAUAGCAACAAAUAUGCAAAUGUAAUUAAGUUUCUUACAUUUUUUGUUACACACUGUUUUGCAGGAAAUAUUGAAUUGCUUACGUAGUGUCUGGUAUAUCCAACACAUACUAUGUAAUUAUAUCUUUGAUGCUUGCACUUGUAGCGAUGCUAAAUUGCAUACAUUUAUAAAGCUAUUGUAGAUACAGCAAAACCCAAUGUCAUCCUCCCUAUAGGAAUGUUUAUUCUUAUGUCAUCGAUGUUCAAUGCUUAUUGUCAUUUAUGUUUCAGAGAUAUGAACACGAUGUGACUUAAAAAUGCCUCUAUAACUGCUAACUCUGUCUCUAACUUCACAGUUGUUGAGAUUUCUUCAUUGUUAGCAGAUACUUUCCAAUUAUUCACCCAUUUUGAUCCCAACCAAAGUCAUUGUUUGUUUCGGGGAUGUAAAUGUGAUUGAGUGGUAGAUUAGAGGUGGGGAGGAACAAUGAGGCAAUACUGUAAUUAGAAGCUCCAAUUAUACCUCUGCUGCACAGCUAAUCACUGGUUUCUGAUGGUUCUGUUUGUGCAUUGCUAUUUUGUAUUUCAAAUACAUGAAUCUGAUUUAUGUGUGCGUGUGUGUAUGUGUGUGUGUGUGUGUCUGUAUACUUGUGAAUGUGCAUGUGCCUGGGUGUGACUGUUUGACUGAUAACCACAUUGAUUCAUCAGCUGAUGGAAAUUGAUGAAAAAUUGUUUUCACUCAAACAAUAUUUUUGAUUAGUUUAACCUGGCUUGAUUGUAAGUUAAUGAGCAGAGCUUCUUAUGAAAUGAUUAGCAGAUUUGAAUCCAUGUAAACCUCACCUGCUGGCAGAAUGUUUGCAAAACAAAAUGAAUUAAAGAAAUAAACGCUGA